CUUCUAAGUUAACCUUCAGGUUACCACCUCCCCAGAUCACAACACCGAUACAAGGCCCUAUAAAAUUGUACUUUAAAUAUCACUUUACUGUUUAAAAAUAAGUCUCAAGUUUUGAAACCUUGUGACUCGCCACGUCAACAGGCAAUUUCAUACCAGGUCACUCUCUGAAUUCUCUUAUCUUGUUAACGAACUCAGAAACCAAACUCUCAUCAAAAUUAAAAAUUACCUUCGUUCUUCUGGCUAUAAAAUCCCCCUGUCCCCUCUGGAGUCCUCCCAUAUUUCUUUUCCUCCUUUAUAUCUCCGACGACCUGACUUGAUUUGACUUGACCCACCUGUCGUCUUAUCUCUCAACACCAACUACAAACAUCUCAUCUCCGCGGACGACUCACCAACUUCAAGCCCAACCUCAUUUUCAACCUCAUUUCACAUCUUCACAUAUUCUUCAUCAUCAUGUGUACUCCUUCUCUCUCCACCCUCCCUGAAGAACUCAUGGUUCAGAUCUUGGGAUACAUAUACAAAUAUUCCCUCAUUGAUCUUCGCCUCGUCAAUCGCACUUUCAGCCGCAUCAUCACCCCAAUCAUCUUCCGCGCCAUUCGUUUCCGCGCUUAUGGAAAUGAGCCACAACGUUUCAUUGACAUCGCUAUGACUGAGCAUCUGAGAUGUCAUGUUCGGGAAGUCACGUGCGAUACUUGGACAGGAUUCUGUGCCAGGGAGAAACGCUGGGAGCUCACAGAAAAGUUCUUCCAAGCUGUCCCUUUCAUUUCAAUGUUUCCUAGACUCGACACUCUAAACAUACGUCCGGAGCUCGAUAGCUACCACAUCCCCUGUAAUACACAGUCGAGUGUUCUGAAGACACUGUUUCAAUGUCUGGCGGGGACUUGGAAGAAAGACCGUCAGUUAUCCCGACGCGCCCGUGAGGAGUGUCACCCACCAGAUCAGGCCGGGACUCCACUUCCUAUCAAGACUCUGACGAUCUCGAAUAUUUUCGAUGUCAGUGGUCUCAAAGCGUUGCCUGCUUUCCAGGCUGUCAUGAACUCGGGAACUCUAAAGGACCUGCGUCUCAACGUACCUGAGGAUGAACUCCUCUCUACGACAGCACAGUCCAAGCAAAAUAUCCACAACGACCUUCUCGAUAUAGUGCUUACUCCAAACAUCGCCAGCAAUCUCCAGGUCCUGUCCCUGUUUUCUUCUACCCCAUGGGGAUGGCUUCCCAACAUGGACUUCCGCCUGAUUGGUGUCAAUGAUCUGCCCAAUCUCAAGGUGCUCGCGUUGGGACACUUUGAGUUCAGUGAGUGGUGGCAGGUUGAGUGGCUAGGGUCCCUUGGCAUCGAGAAGCUUUAUCUCGAUGAGUGCACUGUUUUGCAUUCGGAUCGCAAUCGGGCGCGUGAUGCAAGCUCCACCAUGGUUUCGUGUUGUCAAGAAGAGGCUCAUGAGCUCUCUAAUGAGGGUCACUACGCCCAAGGGGUAGAAAACAACGACUGGCGUGAGGGUACAACUUUCCAGACACAUACCCGCUGGCAUCACCUCUUUGAGCACUGGGCCAGAUCCAUGCCCAACCUCCGGGUCUUCAAGGUUGGACAAGGCUGGUGCUUAGACGACGGAGCCUGGAAAGCAAUUGAUCCGACCUACGAGGGAGACUUUUAUGAGUAUGUCGAAGAAGACCACGAGGCUAUUUUUCAACCGUUUACAAAUACUAGCCAUCAGCACUUUGAGUGUCCUGCGCCUCUUACUGCGGGUACUGGAAUACGACGGUAUGGGUCUGAGGCUGUUCAGAAUUAUGGCGCUGUUUUCCCGUAUGUGGAACAUAGGGAGCCUGGGAUGUAUACUUAUACUGAUGGUGCUGGUGAUGGGAGGGAAUUUUUGGAUGUUAGUUGGGAGGAGAAGGAGAAGGAUAAGAAUGCUUUUGACAAGUUUUUGUCGGUUGUUGAGACGAGACGGAAUGGGUUGGCUGUUCAGGAGUAGGAAAGGCAUUGUUUUGAUUGGAUUUAUUUUGCGAUUGGUCAAAAGAUUGGGCUGCGAUAGAAAGGGAACUGCAUUUGCAUAUAGAGGGAUUGGUUACUGGGAACCAGGAGGAAGCAUUGUUUCGAUUGGAUCGACUUUUCUUUUUUUGCCUUUGCUACUGGAUACAACUCAUUUGGCGUAUACUUGCAUAUAGAAUGGAGUACAGGGAUUAGUUUUUAUGACAAUUCUCUAUUUUUUCAGCCGCCAACUUGGUCAGCCAGCGUUACACAAG